ACGGCUACAGUCGGUCGCUACGCGUUGCUACGAGUGUUCGCGACCACGUAAUGUUGUGGUGUUCGGUCGCGUUGUUGGCUCUGCUCGCCUCCGCUCAAGGACGAGCGGUAAAUAUCAGCAACACAUGGGUCCUGCCGGAGGAAGGAUUCCCUGUCUUCUACCGCUACUUCAGGGACCGCAUUUCCUGGUACGAGGCUGAUGCGGUCUGCCAGUUCCAUCAUGCCAACCUAGUCACAGUGGAUACGACGGCACAGUACGAUGCAGUGCGCGCCUACCUCAAAGAACUGGACAUUUCGAGCGCUGUGUGGGUUGGUUUGAUCCGAAGCAACCCCGAUGGAGACUUUACUUGGACUGAUUACCGAGGUUUGAGUGGUGAAGGGUACUGGAGUUCAGCGCCCGAUGCUCGCGCAGCUCCUCUCUGCGCAGCCGCCGAUCCUGCUGCCGACUACCGCUGGGAGGCUCGCGCUUGUGGUGGACCAACAGUCGCUUCUUUCAUCUGUGAAUUACCGGUACCGCAAUGGGCUCUUGGGAACGAAGGAUGUAUGGUGCGCGCUCUACCAGCGCUGACGAUCCUGUAUCUGCCUGAAAGUGCAGCUGUUCAGCUGACCGCUGACUGCGGCCUAGCUGGUGUGAAACGUGUACAAUGCACAGGCAAUGUGAAACGCGAAGAUUUACUUAGAGACUUGGCGUGCGCUGAAGAAGAAGAAAUAAGUAGCACUCCUAGUUUAACAUCUGUAGGUAAUAAUUGGCCAGCUUCAACUGAUGCAAUAUUUACUGAUAAUGAUAUGACAACGACUGAAGUCAUCACUGAAGACAAUAAUAUAACAACUGAACAUGAAGACGACAUUAAUCAGUCUAGUACUAUCGUAUCUACCUCCACAGUUCAAGAUGUGAAUUUCGUCACUGAUCAGAAACCAUCGGUCACGUUUGUUAAUGCAAAUAAAUAUAACAGAGUUAACUUUGAAAAGAAUCUUGAUUUGGGUUUAAUUCAUAACAAUAACUUACAAAGUAAUUAUAUUCCGAAAAUUGCCAACGGAGACAACUAUGUGACAAAUGAAGAUUUGGAAAAAAUAGAAGAUGAGAAGCACAUGCAACAUAAAAUGUUACACGAGGAAAUAGCAAGGCUUGGUAAUCUUGAAAAUAUAUUUACACAACCUACAGAUCAUUUUGUUCCACCACUAGUUAUGGCCAAGGCUAAAAUCAGCGAUGAUAUGACUGUUCUAUCUCUACAAGAAAAACAUGCCCAACAGAUGGCUGAACAACACUAUUAUAAGCAAAACGGUCAAUAUGGACAAAGUGAUCACAUUUAUCAAAGCAAUGUUGUAAAAUCAACAACGGAACAACCAAAACCAGCUACAAUGGAUAAACAAUCUCAAACAGAGACACCUAAAUAUAAGGAUGACUUGAAAAAAGACAAAGUGAAAUCAAUUAUGCCCAAAAAGUAUAACGAAAAAUUGAAUGACCCUAAAAGUAAAGCUCAGAAAGUGGCUGAAUCAAAAUUAUUGGAAAAGGCCAAAACAUCUGCUGCACAAAUGGAAACUACAGUAAAACCUAGCGAAACUACACCAAUGGCACAUUUUAAUGAAAUGGAUGACGAAUCCGCUAUGGAUCUAACUGUUUUCUUAAAAGACGAACCAGAACCUCUUGAACCAAAAAUUUAUUACAAUAAUUUUACUGGUGACGUGUCUAAAUUAGAAGUAAUCAAAAACAGUACAUAUAAUAAUGAUACCGAAAUCAAAUUAGUGGAUGUAGAAGCUACCGAAGAAAUAAAGCAUGAAGAACGUCCUAUUAAGAAAUUUAAAGAAUCAACUCAAAAUAUAACAUUAAAUCAUGAAGUGAUUAAAAUUACUAUAAUUUCUGAAGGUCAUACAACUGAGAACCCUACUACGUUUGAAAUAACUACAAAAGUGCCUAUUAUUCAAGAAACUACUCGUAACAAUUUGGAAUCAACCACUCAUAAAGAAUCGCUCGAUGAUAUUCGAAACAAAAGUGAUGUGUUCCCAACUACGCAACUUGAAAUAGAAGCAACACAACAUGAAUUUGAAUCGGUUAUCAAUGUUUCAAGCGUUGCUGAUGUGGUGGUGACCACAAAUGAGACAGUUGUACUAAGUCAUACCGAGUCGACUGAAAAUACACCCACUACAACCAACGAAGUGCCUAUUGCUACUACAGUACAAGCUAGUUCUAACACUUCUCAAUACAGUAAGCCGCAAGAGCCUUCCACGUUUGCACCUGCAGUGACUGAGCAGAUAAUAAAAAACGAAUCUUACAACGACGAUAUACAUGAAGAAUUCGGUGCAAUGACUAAUUCGUCAGAUGGAAUUGAUGAUUUCCAAUCGCCAUUACUUUCUGGUGCAAAUGAACCAGCACACAGACCGAAUAGGUCCCGGAGGCCACAGCAGCCGAAUCGAAAUAAAUUUAAUCCAUUUCGCAUAUUAGGUUAGAUAUAGAAUAUCAUACACCAAUAACUAUUGAAUGAAUUACUGGUGAUGACUGAACAAAACCGUAACAUCUAACGUAAUUAGAUAUAGUGGAUCACAGUCACAUUAUAAAUUGUGAUGGCACGGUGCACGUAGUUCAUUAUAUUGUUAUGUUCGAACGUUUAGGUAAAUAGGGGAUAGGAGGGAUGGAAAUCAUAAUCACAAACAAGAACAUUAUGAAUGUCAGUUCGGGUACGGAUUUCCGUUAUUACCGUGUUUACAUCAAUAGCUAACCUUUGUAGUUUCAUAACAUGUUUACUCAUACUCAUAUAAUUAUAAUUAUGUUUACGUGUAGCACUUUAUUUCAAAAUGUAUUUAAAUAUUAUUUAGAUUAGACUCAUAAUGUAUUUAGUCUAUAACCUAGUCAAUUCAUGUUUUGAUAGCAUAGCUAUUUAAUAAACUUGUUUUUAUAGUAUCGAUAAGGUACCCAUAGAUUUCAGGUUUGCCAAAUUUCGAAUAUCUUCAUAUUAGUAUGUACAUUAGUACUAUAUAAUACUGGAUGAGUUUCACUUUAGAAGUAGUUUCAUAGGCGCCAUUGAUACAUUCAUACUUACACAGUAGGUUAGUUCGUAAAUGGAUUAAUACAAACGAAAUUCACGAACCAUAUCAUGUUAGAAAUAAGGUUUAGUUUAGCGAAAUUUAUUUUUUAUGAAUCUUAAGGUAAAUAGUAAGAUGAUGCACAAACGAGUCAACGACAAAGAUUCGCACUACAUGACUUGGAAUACAAGAUCAAAACCUAUUCAGAAAUAUUCAAAGAACUGUCAUGUAGCUGUAGAUCCUUUGUAAUAUUUUUUUUAUAAUUAUGUAGUCUCCAAAUUAUGUA